CACUACACAAUAAAUCGCCUGUUUUCUGACCGUUCUGUUUAAAUCUUCUGUAUAUUUCCCACUAUUCUGUGCUGCAAGAUGCGAAUCUGCUACAAGAUGCUUUCUUUCCUCGGCCGCAGCAACUCACGUGGACAUCCAUCCUCCUUGUUCCCACCCGCCUUGUUCGCAUCGCGCCCCUUGCCCAUCCACCACGAAACAAAGAGCGAGCCGAAGAAACACAUCACAUGCGAGGAAAAAGUAUGGUGUGCCUUGUUCACGCACGAGCGAGUGCAGCGUGCAGCAAGGCGAGAGAGAGAGAGAGAGCCUUGCUCGUUGUUGGUGCCUGGUGAUUGAGAGAGGGCGUGGAUUGCCCUCCCAGCCCGUUUGCCAAUCCGACCCUUGUUCUUUUCUCCGCGCGCGCUGCUCUCUCUCCUCUUCUCUUUUCGUCUGGUAUCUUUAACCCCCCUGUAUAUUUAUUCUUUCUCUCUCUGUAUAUAUAUAUACUCUCGGACCGAUGGAGGACGACAAGCCACAGAGUACUACCUUCCCUGCGUUCGCGGAGCAGACAGACGCCGAGCUGAACGGGUUCUACCGAGAACGCAUGCGACUCGAGCAAAAGAGCCAGAGCACGUUCGGCGCGGUCGGCGCGAAGCCAGUGACGUCCGCCGUCGACACGGGAGCAGCGACCGCGAAUCCGGCGAUGCAGGUCGCGGGUGGGUUGGCUGAUAGUUUUGGAUGCAUGCAGAUAUCAACGAUGACGACGACGACGGUUGGAGAGAUGAGGGAGCUGUUGCCGGUUGUGAAUGGAGAGUGUUUGGCGGGGUUGCGGGCACAUCCGGUUCGAUUACUGACCUUUGCGUGGAAAUUCGGCAAGGCCGCGACUGAGGACUCUCCUACUCCUUCUCCUUCUUCGACGACGACGACUCCUUCUUCUUCUUCGACGACGAAAAGUCCUGUUACCAAGACCUCUCCUUCUCCUUCUUCGUCGACAAACAGUCCUGUUACCCAGACCCCUGCCGUAUCUGAUGCUCGUCGCAACAGUAUCAGUCCAGACCGCGCCACGACAUCCUCAUCCGACGACACCGAUGCCUCGCGCGUCCCCUCAUCGACCACGUCCCGCACUAUCGGUCUCUCUUUCGCCCAGGAAGUCAAGGUAUUCAUCAAUAUGGCCCCCCGUCUAUCGCCAGCCGAGAAGGCACUUAGCUCAAACCACCACGAAGUCUGCAUCGAGAGUCGUCGCGGGAUCUGUCAUCGCUACGUGCAUUACACCAGCAACGACUGCUACGGCGAGCUCUUUGCUCGGUUCCAAUACAUCGCGCCGACCGCGCGCCGGUUUUCUGCGAUACAAGAAAUGGGCCUGAUAACAGACUACGACCCGCAGAUCUUGCUCGUUGCCUUUGGUGAACCCCAUUGGCCGUUUCUUGUCGCGUCAGGGUUUGCGCAGCGGAGAAAAGUCGUUGUCGUGUUUGAUUUGGAAACAAAGGCUUUCGGUCAGGUAUCCUACGACCUGCGCAUGUUUCUCGACACGCUCGAGGACGUGCUGCAUUGCUUUCCCCGCGUGCAGCAUUACGGUGGCUCCGGAAGUCUGCAGCAAGCGCCCGAGACAAUAGCCUGCGACGCACUGAGUCCCGAGGUUAUCUCGAUCGUGCAGACGUCAUCGUCUGAGAAGGACGAUAGCGUGGGUUUGUCGGACUUGAUUUCGUUCCUGAACCUGUACGCCUACGCUAGCGAGAACGAGUCCCAGUACCUGCCGCCCGACCGCCGCGCAAUGUCGACCGAUAUCCGCGCCACGGGCUUCGCAAUCAAUCCACCAGACAACCCGCCGAGCGUUGUCGCGCGGGUUCUCUCGCCCGUGGCCGGGGACGUUGGUAGCUGUGCGUUUGUGGUCGAGGUGUUGCACGGAGCGCUGAGUCGGACUGUCCAGCUUGUGUUUCAGACGCGGGAGAGUCAGAAGAAGCAUGUCGCGCGCCAGUUUCGGAUCCGUUCGCUCGUGAACUUUGAGGGGAAUCAGAUCGCCGCUCUGAGUUGUGGGGAGAUGGCGAUCGUCGAGCUUGAGGAUGCUCGAAACGAGUUUGACGCCGAGUUUCUAAACUCCCAGUCCGAGCUCUUCAUCGUCGAGCUUAACGACGCGGUGCAAUCGCCCACCCGCCGGCUUAUGAAAAGUAUCGACCCCGAGCGCUUGAUAAUCCAGUUCAAUUUCAGAAGCCUGCACGCCUCCGUCCUGGCGUCCUAUUAUUCCCGCAUCCCGUUCCGCCCAAACACCGAAGUUGCAAUCCUCAACGGCGGCAAGAUGUGGUACGCGUGCGUCGCCGCGUUCGAGGACCCGGCCAACAACGGCAUGCUGCUCGUGCAGUUCUUGCUCUCGCGCACGCCGCCCGCGCACCGGGCGGCUGAUUUCAAGGGCGUCGAGAGCGCGCAGUAUUAUCCGUGGGUGGGGUCGACGGUGAGCGUUAAGAGUUACGCGGGGAACGAUGAUCUGUGGUAUAAGGGAUCGGUGUUUGAGGUGAUUUCGUAGGCGCGCUCUUUAUUGGUUUUUGGUUUGGAGUUUACUGUUUGUUUUCAUUCAUUACUGGGCUGCAUGUGCGGGCGCAUAUCUGUACAUGGAAGAGAAGCCUCACAUACUACAAUGCUUCUCACUUGUAAAAUAAUAAUACAAUCGUGACUUUCUUCUUCUUCUAGUUAUCGCCUUAUCGCACGAGUCUUGAAUCAUCACUUGAUAACGUAUAAAGCGCGGGCAGAGCAUCGGGUUAGGUGUUUAACUGCGCCCGCGGUGGCUGUCGUUUUUCUUUGUUGUAUGGAGUGUUUUCCAGGUUUUGCUGGAAUAAUGUAGCUGGGUUGGAUUUGCAGAUAUGUGUGAUAUUAUGAAGAUAUAUGUAUGACGUUUAGUGAGAAGUAGGGAGUAGGAGAGUAGGAAGAGUAGGAGAGCCGGAUAUCCCGUGUGGCGUGGGGGCUGAUAUGCGUGAAUGGUUGGAUGU